UGUUCCACUUUCCUACUAGGGGCUCCCCCUCACAGCGCCGACCAUAGACCAUACCCUCACAGAGCUUUACACAGUUCCAGAACCGGCUCCCAGGGAGAACUCCGUGGAACCUCAGAAUCACUGGGCAGGUCUGCUUGUAGGCCAAUGCCCCUGUCCCUGGGAGCCGAGAUGUGGGGCCCUGAAGCCUGGCUGCUGCUGUUGUUCCUGGCAUCGUUUACAGGCCGAUGCCCCGCGGGUGAGCUGGAGUCCUCGGACUUAGUGACAGUGGUGCUGGGCCAGGACGCAAAACUGCCCUGCUUUUACCGAGGGGAUCCGGAUGAGCAGGUGGGGCAAGUGGCAUGGGCUCGGGUGGACCCAAACGAGGCCCCCAGGGAUCUGGCCCUACUGCACUCCAAAUACGGGCUUCAUGUGAGCCCCGCCUAUGAGGACCGCGUGGAGCAACCACCGCCCCCGCGAGACCCUCUGGACGGCUCCGUGCUCCUGCGCAACGCUGUGCAAGCUGAUGAGGGCGAGUACGAGUGCAGAGUCAGCACCUUCCCGGCCGGCAGCUUCCAGGCACGGAUGCGGCUCCGUGUUCUGGUGCCUCCCCUGCCUUCACUGAAUCCUGGUCCACCACUAGAAGAGGGCCAAGGCCUGACGUUGGCAGCCUCCUGCACUGCAGAGGGCAGCCCAGCCCCCAGCGUGACCUGGGACACAGAGGUCAAAGGCACACAGUCCAGCCGUUCCUUCAAGCACUCCCGCUCAGCUGCUGUCACUUCAGAGUUCCACCUGGUGCCUAGCCGAAGCAUGAAUGGGCAGCCACUUACCUGUGUGGUGUCUCACCCUGGCCUGCUCCAGGACCAAAGAAUCACCCUCACCCUCCAAGUGGCCUUCCUUGCAGAGGCCUCUGUGAGGGGCCUUGAGGACCAGAACUUGUGGCAUGUUGGCCGAGAAGGAGCUACACUCAAAUGCCUGAGUGAAGGACAGCCCCCUCCCUCAUACAACUGGACACGGCUGGAUGGACCUCUGCCUAGUGGGGUACGAGCAAAAGGGGAUACUCUGGGCUUUCCCCAACUGACUCCUGAGCACAGUGGCAUCUACGUCUGCCAUGUCAGCAAUGAACUUUCUUCAAGGGAUUCUCAGGUCACCGUGGAAGUUCUUGACCCUCAAGAUCCAGGGAAGCAAGUGGACCUCGUGUCGGCCUCAGUGGUGGUGGUGGGUGUGAUCGCUGCACUCUUGUUCUGCCUCCUGGUGGUGGUAGUGGUCCUCAUGUCCCGGUAUCACCGGCGGAAAGCACAGCAGAUGACCCAGAAAUAUGAGGAGGAGCUGACUUUGACCAGGGAGAACUCCAUCCGGAGGCUGCAUUCUCAUCAUACGGACCCUCGGAGCCAGCCGGAGGAGAGUGUAGGGCUGAGAGCGGAGGGCCACCCCGAUAGUCUCAAGGACAACAGUAGCUGCUCUGUGAUGAGUGAAGAGCCAGAGGGCCGUAGCUACUCCACGUUGACCACAGUUAGAGAGAUAGAAACACAGACUGAACUACUGUCUCCAGGCUCUGGGAGGACGGACGAGGAGGAGGAUCAGGAUGAAGGCAUCAAACAGGCUAUGAACCAUUUUGUUCAGGAGAAUGGGACCCUGAGAGCCAAACCCACAGGCAAUGGCAUCUACAUCAACGGGCGAGGGCACCUGGUCUGACCCAGGUCGGCCUCCCUCCCCAGGCCUGGUUUCUUCUGCUUCCAUGGGGGAUUUCAACUCUACGUAGGGGGAACCCUCCUUAAAUGCCUGCAUUUCUUUAGGAAGAUACUUCCCAGCCCACUGACUGCUCCACUUUUACCUCCAAUCCUUCUGUUCAUCAGGAGGGCUCCACUGGUUGGGUGCCUCCCAUCAUUGUGUGUGUGUGUGUGUGUGUGUGUGUGUGUGUGUGUGUGUGUGUGUGUGCAUUCAUGGCACUCCAUUGUAUGUGCACAGAGGGGUGACUGUCCAUGGAGCAUGGUGUGCAUUGUGCUGUCUUGUUGAGAGUCCAAGUGAAUGGUGUGUGUGACUCGUGAUUCGUGGCUGUGUGCAGAACGUUGCUAGGGUGUGGCUUGUGAGUAGCGUGUCUCAUGUGUGACCUCUGCCUGCAGAUGCAGAUAUUUUCCUCAGACCCCAGAGCAGUAUUAGUGAUGCAGAGGUUGGAAGUGAGAGGUGGAGACUAUGGGCCAGAUCCAGGUGUGCGGGCAUAGCUGGAGCUCGAAUCUGAUCUCCAAAGCAGGGGAGCUGUGUCCCCCACACUCUGGGAGCAAGUGUGAAGCAGACGUCCAGGGGUCUGUCAGAGGCUUGAACUGUUACAGAAGCCCUCUGCCCUCUGGUGGCUUGUGUGCCUGCUGCAUGUACAUACCUUCUGUAAACGAACCUCCGAGGGAACCUCCUGAGUUCAGCUCAGACUCCCCCAAUAAGAGAAAAGAAACUUAAAAACAAACAAACAAAACCCUUUUUGAUUUAUGAGCAUGCUUUUUUUUACUGGGCUUGUUUAAGCAAGGACAACCCACAUAGGCAUUCAACAAGACUGUUGAGAAGACCCCACAGCAGGGGCUAAUUCCUAUGGUUCUGGAACGUUCUCCUCCUAGGGCACUUUCACCCAAAGAGGCUCUGGAGAGGAAGCAGGCAGCUGCCGGAGUCUGGAACCAGUGAUGUGAGAUAUAAACACUGGGAAAGGAGAAUAGAGAUGGGGUGCUUGGCUCCCUUGACCCCUCAAACCUUCCCCUACUUGUGUCUGCAGUUAUGUGUGCCUUCACGGAGUUGGGACGUGGUGUCGAGGGCCCGGGGUUCAGUUGUGUAGAGGGCAGAGGGUAGUGAGGGAAGGUGGAAGUCCAGGUGAGGGAAGGCGGAAGUCCAGGUGAGGGAAGGCGGAAGUCCAGGUGAGGGAAGGUAACAGCUGCUGUAGGUGAAGGGUGGUAGUAGCUCCUUCCCCAGGGUUUUCUGAGUCAUCGAUUUGGGACUCUUCUGGCACUUUCUAUGUGUGGGGCGUGGGGUUAGAUGUUUUUCUUUAGCCUGCUCAAACCUACUCAGCCAGAAUACUGAGAUUUAGUAUCCAAACCCCGUGUGGCCUGAAAUCUGCUCUAAAGGAGGGGCUCUCAGCCUAUUCUCAAGCAACCCAGGACUUGUGGACCCGAGAUUCUGGGGUCCUAGUAUGUAUAUUUCAUGUAAAUAUAUGUAUAUUUGUA